AUGAGGCUGCAUUCCUCUUUUAGUGACCGCCAUGACUCGCACAAACAGCAGCAGCAUGGCCGCUAUGGCCACCACGGUGGCAGGGCGUCGCCGUCGCUUGCCGCGUUGGAUGCCGAUCCAGUCGCCGACCGCCAGCGUGACCGCAAAGCACGGCGCCGACAAGAGCGGCAAUAUAAGAAGCAGCUGCGCAUUACGCAGCACGAACAGUGGGCGCAGGAACGUCAGCAAGCACGACAACAGGCUCGGGAUAGCAGGGCGGCUGAGCAGCUUCAGCGCCAGCGGAAACGCCAGCGGGCGGAGCGGGCCGUUGCAUCAGAAGCCAAGAAAAACGGCAAGCGUCAUAAGGAUGAGAAAGCAUUAAAGGAUAAGAGCGAGAAGUGUGUGCGAGCGACGGGUAACGGCUGCACGGAGAAGACACGUACCGCCGGCCCUAAGGCGGAUGCAGCCAUGUCCGGCACAGGUGCUGCCGCUGCUGGGACUGCGGCCCCUCCCGCCUCCUCGCUGGCGGAUCCGACGCCGGUUCCUGCUGAGGUGGCGGAGAAAAUGCGGCGCCUUGUGAACAAGCUGACAGCAGCGAACGUCAUCGACCUCACGAAGGACUUGAGCGACUACAUGGCGGCACCGGGUGUGUCUCGAGUGAGUGUGGUGAAGGGGCUUGCUCAGCAGAUAGAGCGCCUCUGCCGCCUGGAGGCGGGCCCGCUCAGCACGACUGGCACGCUGCCGUUCGCGGGGUUACUGCGAGGGUUGCAACUGCUGCACGGGAACCAGGUCGGCUCCGAGCUGAUUGAACGCGUUAGCUUUUCUCUGCACGCGCAACUCGCCGCCGCGGAGGAGGCGGCGGCAGGCAACACGCUUAUGGUGCUCGCACAGCUCUAUCUCCUGUACGGUGUGGACGUGGUGUUUGUCAUGUCGCUGCUUCGAACACUGCUUCGUCAGGGGACGCGUCUCCUGGACCACGGCGGCGGUGAUGGCGCGACGGCGUCUGACGCCUCCUCUUCCUCCUCUACAACGCCGGCCUCCGCGGUAGCCGUGCAGGCUGUUUGCGCGUGCGCGUGUGGACUGGCAUUGAUGCGCGCCUGUGGUGAGAAGCUACUCAAGGAGAGCCCCACGGAGCUAGAGGCUUCCUUGCAAGAGGCGCGGCGCGCGUCUGCUAAGAUGCGCAACAUAACCGGCACGGCUCGAUUCGCAGCGCUGGUGGAGGUGAUGGGUGACAUUUCUGCUGGCCGCACCCGCAAGGCCCGCCGCGCGAUCACCGAGGAUGCUGCCCCGGUUGAGGCCAUGCUGGAGGACCUCUGCUCGCUACUGCCAGGCCAGGAAAAGGCCACCUCGACGCAGCGCCGCACGAUGAAGCGGCUAGUGCUGACUACGAACAUCAUGUCGGGGCUGACGUGGGCGCAGGUGACAUCGUCAGAGAAGCCACCGCGGUGGUACAUACCGGGCGUGAUGAUAACCAACGUUGCCAACGACAGGGAGGAUGGCGACGAGUCUGCUGCGGCGACCGGUGACAAGCACUCUGGCACUGCACCGGGGAGCAAGGAGAACGGGCGCAGCCGUUACAUUCCGCCCUCGCACCCCUCAUCGACCGCGGAUGACGAGAGCGAGGAGCUGGAGGAGGUAGACGAGGCGGCGCUGAAGCGCGAGCGGAUUGCGCGCAUGCGGGAGGAGGAGAAGGCCUUGAGUGGCCAGCGCCUCAACACAGAGCACAAGCGCGAAAUCUUCAGGUGCAUCGCCACCGCCGCCGACGACCUGGAGUGCUUCACGAUGCUCGUGUACCGCGACCCCGGCUACACGCGCUUCCACGACGUGUGCGCGGUGCUGCUGCAGUGCGCCUACCAGGAGAGCAAGUACAACCCAUACUACGUGCAGGUGCUCAUGCGCUUCUGCAGUGCGAAGCCGGCGUGCGCGAAGACGCUUCAGUUUUCCAUUUGGGACCGCUUCAAGUCCAUUCGAAUCGAAAACACCGACGUUGUUGGCUACUUUAACUUUGCCUGCUGCAUCGCGGACCUGAUGCAGAACGGCGUCUACAACCUGAGCCUGCUUCGCGGCCUCGAUCUGGAGAACACGAACAAGACGAUCGGCCUCUUCACGCGCAUGCUGUUGCUGCGGUUGAUCUUUCAGCUGCCGGCGUCGCGACUGACUCAGCUCUUCUUCGGCGGAGACGGCAGUAGCGCGCACGACCCGCAGGUGGACACAAGUGCACUGCGCCGACUGCUGACGAAGUUCAUGUUGCUGUACUUCAUAGAUGAGAACGCCUCGAAGCGGUGGCUACCGAACUUUUACGAGGUCGUCGCGUCAGGCACCGACUUUGACGUCUCUGCUGCCGCCGGGCCGCAGGCGGCACCUGGCUUGCGCGACGCUGCGGCGUCAGCGGCUGAUGCAGGCAGCGGGACUGCAGAGGAGCGAGUACUUCGGCGCAAUGCUGAUCGACCGCCCUCGACGCUGUUGGACAACGCACCGGCGUCGUCCUCCACGGCGCUGUCGAGAUCUAAGUCGGCCGCCUCGGCUGAGGCGAUACUGGGGCAGUUCAUGAAGCGUGUCCAGGUGGUCUACAAGGCACUCCAGCAUGGCAUCUUGUGA